UCGCCGGAAGCAGUGGAGGUUGGGUGGAAUUGAGAUCGAGAGAGAUAAAAAAAUGGCGGCGGAGGCGGCGGCUGCUAGUGUGUUGGUGUUCCCCUUCCCGGUUCAAGGCCACCUCAAUCCUAUGCUCCUGUUCGCGAAACGCCUAGCCGCCAAGUGGCCCGCGACCACUUUCCUCGCCACCCGCUUCAUCGUCCAGUCCAUCGCCACCCAGGCUGGGCCCGUGGCGGUGGCCGCCAUCUCUGACGGAUACGACGCCGGGGGCUUCGCCUCCUCCCCCAGCCUCGAGGUCUACCUCGAGGUCUUCGAGGCUCACGGCGCGCGCGCGCUGUCGGAGCUCAUGGAGGCGCGCGCCGCCGAGGGGCGCCCCUUCACCGCCGUGGUGUACGACACGUUCGUGCCGUGGGCGGCGGGGGUGGCGCGGCGGCACGGGGCGGCGGCGGUGGGCUUCUCGACGCAGUCGGCCAGCGUGAGCGCGAUAUACUACUACGUGAGAAGGGGGGAGCUGGCGGCGCCGGUGGAGGAGGAGGGAGGGCGGGUGGCGCCGCCGGGGAUGCCGGAGAUGGAGAGGCGGGAGUUCCCGACGAUGGCGUUGGGGGACGGCGCGUACGCGACGCUGGCGGCGUACGCGCUGGAACAGUUCGACGGAGCCGGGAAAGACGACUGGGUGCUCUUCAAUUCCUUCGACGAGUUAGAAGGCCCGGUGAUCGAAUGUCUGAAUGCCCAUCACUUUCGCGCCGUCAACGUGGGCCCCUGCGUGCCGAUCUCCGCCGCCGACGGAGCCUCCUACGGCAUGAACCUCCUCCCGGCGGAGGACGACGUUUGCAUGCGGUGGCUGGCCGGGCUGCCCCCUCACUCCGCCAUCUACGUCUCCUUCGGAAGCUUCGCCUCCCUGAGCCCGGCCCAGAUGACGGAGCUGGCCCUCGGCCUCACCGCCUGCGGCCGCCCUUUCCUCUGGGUCGUCCGCGACGCCGAGCGCCGGACGCUGCCGCCGGGCUUCUCCCCUGCCCUCGGCCUCAUCGUGCGCUGGAGCCCGCAGCUGGCGGUGCUGGCCCACCCGGCCGUCGGCUGCUUCGUCACCCACUGCGGCUGGAACUCCACGCUGGAGUCCAUCUGCUCAGGCGUCCCCAUGAUCGGCCUGCCCCAGUGGACCGACCAGCCCACCAACGCCAAGUGCGUGGAGACCGAAUGGAAGGUGGGCGUGCGGGCGCGCCCGGGGGACGGCGGCCUCGUCAGCCAGGCGGAGCUGGAGCGCUGCGUUCGGGCGGUGAUGGACGGCGACGAGGGGGAAGAAAUUCGCCGGAGCGCGCGGCGGUGGAGCGAUCUGGCUCGAUCCGCCGUCCAGGAGCGAGGCAGCACCGACAGGAACUUGGACGCGUUCGUGGAGUUCGUCAAUUCCAAGACCAACGCCGCCGACUCUGAUCAAUAACUGAACGGCGUCAGCAUGGACGAUCCAGCACGACGAAGCCUGCUGACGUAACGUGACGUGACGUCAAGGGACAAUUUCUGCAUGAAUGAAUCCAUACUAUCGCUGUUUAAUUCGACUGCAUUUCUGUUAAUUUAAUUUCUUCCUUUCUCCAAAAUUUCAGCAAUUCGAUCAAAUCGCACUUAAAAUUGAGGAAUUCUCACGAGACCGUUUUAAUUUUCAAAUGUUUCAAAGGAUAUGUUAAAGUUAAUGUCUUAUCACUUAAG